AUGUCUUCUGCUUUACAGGGAAGACGGCGCAAGCCGCAAGAGCUGCUCCUCCCUAAUGGCAGAAAGAUAAUCGUGGCACUCCCCGAGGAUUUGGAGGACAUACGCCGAAAAUAUCAGGGGGACAAUGAUACGCAAGUGGAGGUGGUUAUUCACGGCUCCAUGGAGCACAGCCAAUACCUCCGCCAAUCUCGAGACCACCAUGAGGAGCGCCGGCAAUUGUUGCGAGAACAACACGGGCCCGCAUUUGAAGAAUGGGAAGACGUUCAAAAUCAGCUGUCAUCGGUGACCGCAGAGCUGGAACGCGUGGAGAACCAAGCAUCAGGGCUAUAUGGCAACUUCAACAAGUUUGGCUACGACGCUGCUGUGCGAACUUACAAUGACGAAGAUCCGCCUACUGCUUCUUCGCACACUUCCAUCUCGGAGAAAUCCCGUGGACAGCGUGAAGAGGGCGACCGUCACGGUGAGACGACCAAGCUAUUUAAGCGGCCUGUGAUUAGGCAAUGGUUCCAUCAAGGUUUAUUAUGGCGAAUGUCCGAGCCGACGGAAAUCAUGGCCAUUGAGCUCUUUUUGGAUCUUGUGUAUGUUGGCAUCAUUCAUUCCAAUGGCGAGCACAUGGCAGAAGAAGCGACCGGCUGGUUUGAGUCAGACGACGUUGUCACCAGGUUGGAGAUUUUGUUCUGCAUCUCAACUCUCAUUGGAUUUACUACAAACAUGACACACAUCUUUGUCGAAGAUCCAGCACAGAACACAUAUGUACAACUCGUGUCUUUCUACCUCGCCGCACGAGUUUUUACCGCGAUAUUCUAUGGCAUAACCGCCUAUAUCUUACCCAUGAUCAAGGGCGUUAUGAUUUGCCAAAUCAUCGGCACUAUUAUCCCAACGGCUCUGUGGAUCGCCAGUAUUCACGUCGACAUGCCCGGCCGCCUGGGAUUCAUCUUUCCGGCACUGUUCCUCGACAUGUACGGACACGUCUUCUUCCUCGGUCUAUUCGUGUAUGGCCAAAGGAUAGCCCCCGAGGGCAAAUGGAAGAAGCGUCUCGGCGGCAUGUUUGAGUUUUAUCCCGCGAUCAGCAUCGAGCAUCGAGUGGAAAGAAUGAAUGCAUUCGUAUCCCUAGUUCUCGGUUAUUCGGUGGUUGCGAUUCUCUUCCAGAGCCAAGGUGGCUAUAACAUCAAUGCAUUUCUAGGGAAGGCCAUACUAGGCUUGAUGCAAGCUUUUACGUUUAACUGGAUUUACUUUGACAUCGAUGCCAGCAAUUUGAAUCUGCAUGCCAUUCGACGUUCUCGGAUUACAGCGGGAAUUUGGGAAUUUGCCCAUUUACUGUUCGUAAUGGGCUACAUCGUCGCAACGUCAGCUCUAUCCAGACUUGUCUUGGCGACGGACGUGCCAGACACCAACCCGGAACAACUAGCAGAGCCUUACCGGGAUAGCGCUGAAGAUCACUUCAAUGCAGGCGUCCGUUUCUUUUACUGCGACGGCCUCGCCAUUGCUCUUCUUUCCAUGGGAGCCAUCUCCUUUUCCCAUGAGCACAUGAACCCUCCCACGCUUCGGCUGCACAAAAACAUUAGGCUCGCAAAUCGCGCCGCUGUCUGCAUUGUCAUGUUCUUUUUGCCUUUGGCACAUUCGCUUCGAUCUCUUGAUCUGAUAUCUGUCACACUGGGAUUGUCGAUAUGGGUGCUCAUCGUGGAGCUGUGGGGAAAGUCAUGUAGGGACGACCCCUUUAUUGGUGAAAAGGAUGGCUGUUGCGUAUCGUAUUAUGCGAAUUGCAAAAAGAAGGAUCUCAAAAGGAUAACAACGUCGGAUGAAAGACGGCCAAGUGGGGAGAUAUUGGAGCUGGGUAGAGGGAAAAAGACGGCGAUUUAG